AUGAGUGACACAGCCACAGAUACAAAUACCGACGCAAGUGCAACCGACACUACUACCAAAGAGGAAAGUACCAAACCUAUUAAAUCUUCUAAGAGGUCUUCACCGAAACAGAGGUUCUCUUACAAGACUGAAGACAGUACCACAUCCGAAAUCAGUUAUUGGCCAUCCUCUUCCCAGCGAGAUUCCAAUAAACGCCGAAAAUGGUAUAUCAGCGAAUCCACCGCUAGUACAGAUGGAAAAGAAGAAUCCAGUGGAGCCAAACCUACUUUGUUGAGCUUGAGAAAAGGCGCGCCAAAGUUGAAGAAGGUCGAUAGAUUCACUUUUGACGAUGAUGGAAAGACCAAUACUAUCACUAUCUCGUCGACCUGUACAAAGGGUGAUGAGAAAAAUACGAAGUACUAUGUUCAUUCUGUAGAUGGUGAAGGGAAUAAUACAAAGUCCCAAGGAUUGACGUGGGACGAGAUUACUUCGGAAGAUCAGAGUGAGGGGUUGAGGAGUAAAGUGGCGGAAAGAAUGAGGGAGAGAGGGAGAGAGAAAUAUAUUUACAAAGAUAGUACGACUGCAGAAGGUAAGUCCAGUAACGCCAGUAAAUCAAGAAGGAGUCGCGAAGGCAGAAGGGCGAGGAGCGGUUAA